AUGUCGAAAAAACAAGAAAACUUAACACAUGAGGAGGUGUGGGAUGAUUCUGCCCUCAUUAAUUCAUGGAAUGAGGCCCUGCAGGAGUACAAAAAAUAUCACAGCAUACACGCAAAAGGUGGAAGUGUACGAGAUCUCGAGCCUCAAAACGAGACCGAGAUUGAGACAGAGCCCGAGUCUGAACAACCUCAAGUAACAGAAACAGAGGGGAGCGUUGUGACUUCAGAAAAGGUGGAGGAAAAUAAGAUCACUCCGUCACGGAACGAAGCCAAGGAACCUACACCGUCGCAAUCUCAAGGUGUCCCUGCCUUUCCGAUACAGACUGUUCUGGGUUCUGUGCAAGACGAAAGUCUCAAGAAGCUCCUCAUGUCUUGGUAUUAUGCUGGCUACUACACAGGGUUGUAUGAAGGCCAACAACAAGCUCAACAGAAGCACGCGUCUUAA